GGAGAAUCAGUCGGAUUAUACCACGAUCAGCAAAGGAAUGGGGCCCCUAAGUCAUAUCCCAACCCAACAUCCCACAACAGCUACUGCCAUAAAGAAGCCCCCCCUUGGGAGAAAAAAAUCCGGCACUUUGGAAUUUGUUUGAAAAUAUAGUAACCCAGAAGUUAGUUUAAAUAGUUCUGACGGGAGUUUACUUUGAGGUGGUGUUCUGCAUUUAUUUAAAAAAACUGCAGCCCACAGGGAGUGUUCCAGGCAUAACCAGAAAUAUCAGAAUGGAGGUGAAGUGGACCCAACUGGGCAUGGUCUUCUUCCUGCUUCUGUCCAUCGUCAUGACUGGUUGCUUCCUGUGGCAGUACCAGCUUCCCAAGAUUGAGGAGGCUAAUAGGUCAUCAGGCAAUGAUGAUGCUGAGCGAAUGUGCCCCCGGUUCCCUGAACCAGCCCCCCUGGAGCACCCCAUCCCCUAUCUCAAGGAGGCACUUGAGAAGGUGGACAUGCUUCUUCGACACACCAUCCAUGCUACCAGCCUCCCAUCAAUGUCCGCCAUCGUCAUGUAUAAUGACACUGUCCUGUGGACUGGCAAUUUCGGCAAGAGAAACGGAUCAGACCCCUUCUCUCCCCCACCUAACGAAUACACAAUCUACAGGAUCGCAAGCUUGUCCAAGAUCUUCCCCACUCUCAUGCUGUACCGGCUGUGGGAGGAGGGGAAGGUGACCUCCCUAGACGACCCCCUGGAAAAAUACGUUGAGAACUUCACCAUCAAGAACCCCCUAGGGAAGACCAACGACUUGGAGCACAAGUACACCACUGACGGGCUCAUCUUCCUGGACAGUGGGGACGUGCCCAUCCGGACCUCCUCCGUCACACUGCGCAGGAUGGCAAGCCAGCUCUCCGGUUUACCUAGAAGACUGCGAGCGACUAACCUGCUAUGGAAGGGUAAGACACAGACAGCGAUCAAUCUGCUACAGGAUGAUGUCUUGGUGGCUGAUCCUGGUACAAGGUGCCAUUACAGCAACCUUGCCUUCUCCCUGCUGGCUCACGUCUUGGCAGAAAAGGUGGUGGGACUCGACUACCAGCGCUGGAUCUUGGAAAACAUCCUGGACCGGCUUGGAAUGGAGGACACUGGCUUCGACAUCACACCCGCCAUCCAGGCCCAGAUGGCAGUGGGCUUCUACACCAGCGGGCACCCAGCCCCCCUCUAUGAUCUCGGCUGGUACCGCCCCUCAGGGCAGAUGUACUCCACUGCGGCCGACCUGGCCAAGCUAGCUAUGGUCUUCCUGGGUGUCUACCACCGCAAGCUUCUAGAGCCUGACACCCUAAAGAUCAUGCUCACGCCACUUUUACGCUGCUCCAAGGAUUAUUUCGCCAACCAGACAGGCACCCCCUGGGAGGCCAACGAACAGUUGGGCUAUGAGGUGGUGCGGAAGGACGGCGACUUGGAUGGCUAUUCUGCCACCUUCUCCCUGGUUCCCAGGCUCAAGCUGGGUUUGGUCAUCCUGAUGUCUGGCACCAGACCCCAAGACGAGGAUGUGGUAACCAAGGCUUAUGACUACCUUAUCCCAGCCAUGGAGACAGCUUUCCGAGAAGCCAGUCGAGUACUGACCCCCCCUCCCAACCCGGUCUCUUAUGCUGGAUACUUCACCUACAGCAACAUCACCUUCUACGAGAUCAAACCCGGGCCAGACGGGGUCCUGAUCAUGCAACAGUUUGGUCCACACAUUGCGGAUCUGAUCCCAGAAAGGUACAGGACCAUAAAGCUGCACUACCUGGAAGACAGGGUCUUUCAAGUGGUCUUUGAGAAAGAAUACCCCUGUGUCUUACAAGUCAGCACUGCCUCUGUCUCUCUGGAAGCUCAGGAUGGGCAGCUCUUUAACUUUUACCCCCUUGACAAGAAGGGUUUGUCUCCUGGAUUCGAUGCUCCAGGACUCAACACUUACAAUGUGGUCCGGAUUCCUAGCAGACCCACAUUUAACACUUAAACUUUUCUUUAUGGAAGACAAGAAAGGGGUGAGCAUGGUGGGAUUUUUAGGAACCUGACAUUAAGAAGUUAUUUAUUUUUCUAUCUGCUUUCUAUGAACUGCUUGCUUGAUUGUUAGGGUAUGGUGGUGAAUUAAAAUGACACAAUAGUUGGGUUGGAAGGUCAUACUAAAAAUAUAUCUGAGAUUCAUUUUUUUCACCCUUAUCAGAUAGCUGUCUUUCUUGUGCAGUUCAACACUGAUAGAGGCUUAAAAAGUCAUUUUUUUGUUUAAAGGUUUCCAGUCUUCUCACUAAAUUUUAAUUACAUUGCUUCCCUGGUUAAGACACCAAAUGCAUUCUGCUUGAAACUGAAAAGUCAUCUCCUGUUAAUAAUCAGUUGCCUCUUGACAAACAACCGUCUGCAGGUGCAAAAUAAUGUAUAGGCCCCCUGCUUACUGAAAUUCAUUGAAAUUGCUUUGAUAUUAUUUAUAUAUCCAACACUAUUAGUGAAUGAAGCACUGGUAAUAAGAACACCAGUGUGGUUGAUAAUCACGAUAAUUAGUUUUAUUAAAAUUCAGGUGCUAAUUCAUUACAAAAAUAUAAUAAGCAUUCACAGACAUGCAGUGAGAAAGGGAAUUUGCAAACAGUGUUUUUUGUUACUGUUUCACACAUAUUCUCCAAGCAUCAUAAAAAACAGUGCUGUGCGUCACAAACAGUGUUUUAUAUUCAGCUUCAUGAACUAAGAGCAAAUAGAAGACCCUUGGGUGUAUUUGCCUCAAACAAGAUUCAAAACCUCCUGAAUAUAGCUAGUGGCUUAACCAAGCAGAAGCAAUGUCGCUUAAAACAACACUAACAUUUUUACCAGUGCGUAUCUAUUUUCCCAUUCUACAAACAUUCUCACAACACCUGUCUAUACAUCGGUAGAUGUGAAGACCUCAUUUCAUUUUUUUAAACGCAAAUGCUAUUAUUACUAAUUAAGGUAGGUUGUCUAUUUGUCAUUUGCAUCUGUAGCAUGUACUAAAUUGGUGUUUAUAAUUAGUUUUGUGUGUAAUCCUCUGCGUUUUUGGUUAGCCGAUUGAUGAAGGGAAUUAGCAAAAAAGGACUAAGAUUCAAGAUCUCGCUGGAUCUAAAAAACUUAAUCUAAUAACUGCUCUUACCACAGUAACUCAAUGGUUUAUUGAUUCUCUACCAAGGCUGUACUAUGUCAGAAUGGUACAACAGUGGUAACAUUUUCAUAUCUGAUAUACCAAUAGUGUGGUAUCCACCAAUACACCAAUGAUCUGUUGCAGUCACUGGAUCCUAUUGGUACCAGCAUGCUACUGUAUUGUGCAGUAGUUGUUCCAAAUCCACUGUGUUGUCAUUGCUGAUGAUUUUCAUCCAGUGGUCAUGUGCGUAUUUUUUGAAGGCAGCAACUUGAGAAAUAUGCAGGAAAUAAAAGGGUUCAUCAAUGUUCAGAAGUAAUUAUAUCCCCAAUCAGGUCAAUUCAAUACUUAAAUAUUAAAUUGCUGCUCACCUACAAUGCGCUUCAUCACACAGGUCCCGAAUAACCUCCUCAACCUGUUGACCUGCUAUGUCGCAUCCACAGUGUUUUAUAAUUUUCAUAGCCUAGCCUUGUAUUUAAUGUAUUAUGCUUUGUUUUUCACUGUAAUUAAUGUAUUAUGCACUGUUUUUUAUUGUAUU